AUGCCCGACGUCGGGCUGAUUCUAGCGAGCGUCGCCCUCGUGGGGCUCUCCGCCUGCUUCUCCGGUCUGACGCUCGGUCUCCUCUCGCUCUCGCUCGAGUCGCUCGAGCUCAUCGUCUCUGGAGGCUCGGCGCGGGAGGCGGCGUGGGCGCGCAAGAUCUACCCAAUGCGGCGGCACGGCAACCUCCUGCUGUGCACGCUGCUGCUCGGCAACACCCUCGUCAACGUCCUGAUCUCGAUCUUCUCCGCGCAGUUCCUCAGCCCCGGCCUCGGCGCCAUCAUGGCUUCGCUCGUCAUCGUCGUCUUCGGAGAGAUCAUCCCGCAGUCUGUCUGCUCGCGGCACGGGCUGCGGAUCGGCGCCGCCUCGCGGCCGCUGGUGGUGCCGCUCAUGUUUGCCUUUUUGCCCGUCACCUGGCCCAUUGCGCGCCUGCUCGACUUUGCGCUCGGCAGCGAGAUGCGGACGAUGUACAACAAGCGGCAGCUCGACCGGCUGCUCGACAUCAACGCGGCGGCGGACGACCGCAAGCUGCUCUCGUCGGCGCUCGCCUUUUCCGAGAAGCGGCUCACCUUCGACGUGAUGCGAGCCGUCUACGAGUCGGGCUUCACGCGCGUGCCCGUGUACCACGUCCGCCGAUCGACCGUCGUCGGCCUCGUCUUCACCAAGGUCGCCGCGCUGCUCGCCCUCCUGCUAGAUAUUGCACAUGAGGAUACGAGGAUGCUCGACAAGAUGCUGCAGCAGGUGCAGCUCUCGCGCGCGCACAUGUGGCUAGUCACGCGCUCUGCCGCCGCGCUGCCCGCCGCUGCUGGCGGCGGCGCGAACGGCGGUUGCGGCGGCGGCGCGCUGAUGCCCGCGGCGCAGCCCCGGAGAGGGGUGGAGCAGGACAUCCUCGAGGAGCUCAUCCAGGACGAGAUCGUCGACGAGAGCGACGUCGUCGCCGACAGCGGGAACAAGGCGCUGCAGCAGCGGACGCCGCAGCGGAGAGCGCCCUCCCCUCGAGGCGCUGCAGCGAGGAUCGAGUUCUUCGAGAUGCUGCAGCGGCGGGACGGGCUUGCGCUCGGGCGGGCGCUCGGCCCGGCGGCGAAGACGGCGGACGAGGUCCGCGCGCUCGUCUCGUACCUGUCCACCAACGUCUCCCUCUUCCGCCCCGCCGCCUUCUCGGGCGCCGCGCUGCGCCGGCUCGUGCAGCGCUGCCCGAUCUACACCGUCUCGGCGCAGCAGGUCGCGCACGGGCACUACAUCUACGUGCGGGGCGUGCCAGCCUCGUGCUGCUGCCUGCUGCUGCACGGCCGGGUGCAGGUCUGCGCCGGCAACGAGGGGCUCGUCUCAGACAUCGGGCCGUGGACGCUGCUUGCCGCCAACGCCCUCACCGAGGAGAGGCACGUCCCCGAUUUCACGGCACGCGUCGCGGCGGCGGCGCGCAUCUUCACCAUCCCGCGCGCCGAGCUGCUCGCGGUGUGAAGGAAGGGCGGGGCAUACAGGUACAGGUACAGGUCGUCACGUGCGCAGUGAGAGAACGCGUAUUGGACACACGAUGUGUCCACAGAGAUGUGUCUACAGACAGAGAUUUUUAGAUUUACGACUCGAGUACGAGACUUUCGUAGCCGUGUGCAUGGAGUUGAGAGUUGUGGAUGUCUAGAUGUUUGUUUAGUUAGUAUGUAGACCUGUUUUGAC